UUCCGGCGACGUCACUUCCGCACGCACGCAGCGAACAUGGCGGCGCCCAGGCGGGGCGUGUGGCGGCCGCGUACUCUGGCGCGGUGCCUGAACGAGCUCGAAGGCGCCACCGGCCGGCCCGAGCGCUUCCUCACGAUCCAAGACGAACUGGCGGCCACCUUCACCUCUUUAACCAAAGCGAUCUACGACUUGAACAAAGCCCUAGAGCCCGGCACUCUCCACGGCAGCCCUUUGCCAAAACUGGUCGUCGCCAAUUUUGAUGACGAGCAGAUCUGGCAGCAGCUGGAACUGCAGAACCAGCCGGCUUUGCAACACUUCGAGAAGGUCCUGAGCACGGCCCUGGAUGAGGACGACCUCAGCCUCCUCCCCGAGGUCGCUGUCGAGCCGGGCUGUGGAGAGCCCUGCCUGGAGACAGAGACCGAGGCCAAUGGCUCGGAGGACUCCGGAGCAGUCUCCGAAGAGGAGGACUAUGAGGGCCCUGAGCCAGAAGAGGGGAAGGAGGAAGAGGAGGAGGAGGGAUUGUCGGCCUUGAGUGGGGGAGAGCCCCGAGGAGAUGGGGUGAGCCCCAAAGAGGCGAGUAGAGCAGGCCGGAGGGUGAGUCCCGAUCUCAGCGACGACACAGACUCCGACCUGGACUUUGACAUCGGCAAGUUGGAGCAGCAGAGUCGGGCGGCACGGGAGGUGCCCGGGAAGGCUGUGGAGAGGGAUGGUGUGGAGGACAAGUUCUUCAGGCUCGCAGACAUGGAGAAGUUUCUGGAGAAAAUGGAAGAGGCGCAUGGAAAGGAGGAGGACGAUGAGGACGAAGAAGACGACAUUGACCUUUUUGAGGACCUGGAUUCCGACGAGGACGAGGGAAUGUUGGGAGGUCGGAAUCAGAAGCCAGGUAAAAGUUCCAGAAACCUGAAAUACAAAGAUUUCUUCGACCCGGUUGACAGUGAUGAUGGCACAGCAGGUACUCGUGGUGCUGAGCAGGGUUCAGACUCGGAGGAAGAAAUUUCCAAAGAAGAAGAUGGGGAAGAGAGGAUUUCUGAGUUAGAUAAAGAUGACAACCUCAAGGAUGCUGAUGAUGCCCGGCCCCGAAGAGCCAGUGCCAAGAGAGUCACUUUUGCUCUGCCCGAUGAUGAGGAACAGGAGGAACAAGAGGAGGACGAGGAGGAGAUGGAGGAGAUGGAGGAGAUGGAUGACACGGGUAUCUUCAAGGAUAAGAAAGAUGCCACUGAAGUAAAAUCGUCUUUUGAGAAAAGGCAGGAGAAGAUGCGGGAGAAAAUUGCGUCCUUGGAGAAGGAGCUGCUGGAGAAGAAGUCGUGGCAGCUGCAAGGGGAGGUGACUGCCCAGAAGCGUCCCGAAAACAGCCUCUUGGAGGAAAACCUGCACUUUGACCAUGCCGUGCGCCUGGCUCCGGUCAUCACAGAGGACACCACGCUCCGGCUUGAGGAUCUCAUCAAGCAGAGGAUCAGAGACCAGGCUUGGGAUGACGUGGUUCGGAAAGAGAAGCCGAAGGAAGAGGCCUUCGAGUAUAAGAAGCGGCUGACCCUGGACCAUGAGAAGAGCAAACUGAGCCUGGCUGAAGUCUACGAGCAAGAGUACCUGAAGCUCAGCCAGCAGAAGGCGGCCGAGGAGGAGAACCCGGUGCACGCGGAGAUCCAGAAGCUCAUGGACUCGCUCUUCCUGCAGCUCGACGCUCUCUCGAACUUCCACUUCAUCCCCAAGCCGCCUGUUCCUGAGAUCAAAGUCGUGUCCAACCUGCCAGCCAUCACCAUGGAGGAGGUGGCACCUGUGGGAGUCAGCGAUGCCGCCCUGCUGGCGCCCGAGGAGGUCAAGGGGAAGAACAAAGCUGGAGACGUCAAGGCUGCUGCUGAGAAAACCCUUACAGACCGGAAGCGGGAGCGCAGGAAGAGGAAGCUCCAGAAGCGCAUGAGGCUGCAGGAGAAGGAGAAACGGCGCCGGGCGCUGGAGAAGAGCCACCCGGAGCAGGCAGGCAGGGUCACCAAGGCGGUGGCCGCCCAGAAGCUCCAGCAGCUGACCAAGACGGGCAGGGCUGCAUUGCUCAAGGACGAAGGGAAGGGCAAAGCCCUGAAGUCGUCCCAGGCAUUCUUUUCGCAUUUGCAAGACCAAGUGAAAAUGGAGAUUGGUGAUGCCAAGAAGACGGAGAAGAAGAAGAAGAAGAAAGAGCAGACCCUCUCAGUCCAUGAACUGAAGCUGUGAGGCUGGACUCAGUGGCCUGGUGUGGAAACUGGUGGCUGUCUUGGGUGUUUCUAAUAAAACUCUGAAAACUGGGCCCAAGCCCACGGG